UCUUUUCGUCGUUGUUGUUCGGCUUCCUUGCUUCGCAGGAGGUACAGAGAUUGCACGUUGUUGUUCGACUCCUUCGUGGCUGUUCGACUACGCUCCUUCCACGACUUUGCCUUCCUGUUGGAUCGUAAGCUACGACAUUUUGAUCGGAAGCAACAACGGGAGCUCGCUGGCUACGAAGGCAACUUUCUCCCUUCGCACGCUUCUUCGGCCAAAUCCCGUAAAUCCGCCGAGCCGAGGGACUUAGUAAAUCCCGGAUUUAUGAAGUAAAUUCUUAAAUCCGGGAUUUAACGCGCGCACAAAGAACGUUUGGCUGGAUUUAGCGUAUAUCCCGCUGUAAAUCCGAUACCAAAAAGCCCCCGAGUUCGCUUUUCUCCCUGCAAGCCCUGAUGGCGGCGAGCUCUAUGCCGAGCAUUGACGCCGGAGAAGCUUUGGAACGGUUGCGGUCGGCGGAUCCACCUCUCUUCCUUUCACCAUCAUCGGAUCUGUCCGCUUGUGCUCGCGCCGCUUCUCGCUCCCUCUUUUCUUCCCUCCUUCCUUACUGCCCCAAAGCCCCCCUCGACUCGCUCCUCACCGACGAGGGCUUUGACGCUGAGCAGAUAUGGUCUCAGAUAGAUCUCAUUUAUCGUCCCAUUAUUUCCUUGAUAAGACGUGAGGUCAAACGUUUGGAGCACGUGGCGCCCCCUGUCAGUGUGGUUGAGUUCAAGGAAAGUUGCAGAGAGGAGGAAGGUGAGGAGAUGGAGGAAGGAGCAGAUGAUGAUGAUGAGGAGGGGGAGGAGGAGGAAGAGGAGAAUGAUGAUGAUGAGGGCGAGGAGGAUGUGGAUGAGGAGGAGGAGGAGGAAGACAAAAAAGGGGAUGGGAUAAGCAAUGGAGUGGAGGAUAGAUUCUUAAAGAUUAAGGAGCUGGAGGAUUACUUGGAGGAUGAUGAGGCGAGAGAGUAUGGGUUCCAGAGGAAAGAAGGAAGUGUGAAGCGGAAAGAGGUGGAAGAUGGAAGCGAUGAGAACGAGGGAAAUGAAGACGAUGAUGACGCAGAGUUUGAGGAUUUGGAUGAUGGCGAUGAAGAUGCAGAAGAUGCUAGAUAUGAAGACUUUUUUGGGAAGAAAAGAGACAAGGCCAAGAAUACUAAGGGUGGUAUAAAAAGGGUGGGUCCAGAUGGAUCCAAGGAGUUAUUUUCAGAUGAAGAUGAAGGUGAAGAUGAAGAUGAUGGAAUGGAUAUUGAUGCGAAGAAUGGUGGAGCUUUAUCCACUUAUGAAAAAGAACUGUUGAAGUUACGCUCUAAAAUACAAGAAAUGGAGAAAGCUAACUUGGAACCCAAGACAUGGACCAUGCAAGGAGAGGUUACUGCAGCUAAAAGGCCUAAGAACAGUGCUCUUGAAGUGGACCUUGAUUUUGAGCAUAAUGUAAGACCACCUCCAGUGAUUACAGAAGAAGUAACAGCUUCAAUUGAAGACCUAAUAAAGAAAAGGAUUAUUGAGGGUCUUUUUGAUGAUGUGCAAAGGGCACCUGAUUUACCAUCAAGAGCUCCAAAAGAGUUCAAAGAGAUGGACGAAACAAAGAGUAAGAAGGGGUUGGCUGAGAUAUAUGAGGAAGAGUAUGCACAGAAGGCAGGUCUAGCCCCUGCUCCUCUCUCCUCUUCCGAUAAGACAAAGGAGGAGGCUAGUUUUUUAUUUAAAAGGCUUUGUCUGAAGUUGGAUGCAUUAGCUCAUUUUCACUUUGCACCUAAACCGGUUAUUGAAGAGAUGUCAAUAAAGGCAAAUGUUCCUGCUUUAGCUAUGGAAGAGAUAGCACCUGUUGCAGUUUCAGAUGCAGCUAUGCUUGCUCCUGAGGAGGUGUUUCAAGGAAAAGGCGAUUUCAAGGAAGAGGCAGAGCUAACACAAUCUGAUAGGAGGAGGAGAAGAGCUAACAAAAAAAGAAGAUUCAAAGAUCGCAGUAAACCGUCCAUAAGCAAAGAUGCAAGCGCAAGGCAACAACUGUGAUCUCAUUCUUCCAAAGGAUUUUGAGAAAGUUUCUUCGAUUUCUUCAACAGCUGGAGGCAUGAAAUUUAACGAGCAGGGCAUCAGAAAUCCAUAAAACCCGCGUGGUGGCCAACAUUCCUUACGCGUUGCUCCAUGCCUGACCAGCCUCUACCCAGCUCCAUUUGACCUCCCUGUAAGCUUGUGUCGUGAGCAGUUGCAACUUCAUCUUUGUCAUCAAGGUUCAAUUAAUGGAGUGCUUUUUUUUCAAUAAUAUUUAAAUUGAUAUGUUCAAUAUAUACAUCUAAUACUUUGAGUGCUAUGUAUAUAAAUUCCCUUUUAUUUUUUCUAUGUAAUCAUCUCGAAGAUUGCCACAAAGCCUAUACAUAGUACUUUAGCCCCGCAUAUCUUAACUAUUCAAGCAAA